GGGAGGCGGCAGCGCCACACCUGCUCUUUCUCGCCCCCUCCCCUUCCCUUCCCUUCCUUCUUCCUUUUGCAGUAUUAGCAAGCGAAGGUCCCCGCAGCCUCGCGCGCUUCUGGAGAAGACUGGGUUGCAGGUGAGAAUUACGCUGUGGAUGAAAGGGGCUGACUGGGCUACAGCCCGGGGGAACCCCAGUUUAGGAACUGGUGCUGCGCAUGCCCGGGGGCAGGGUGAGGGGAGUAGGAGGCUGAGGCUGCAGCAAAGCCCAUUCUCCCGCCGCCUGCUCGCGUGAAGAGGAUCCAGGACGAGCCAGAGUCAGGUGCGCAGGAGGCUAGUGAGCUCGCUCUCCGGCUCGGGGACAGCUGAAGUAUUUAAAGCCACUCCCAGUUUUUCAGCGAAAACUUUUCACUUUUUCUGGGUUAUUGUGCUUUUCUUGCAACAAUAAAUCUCGUUUGGGAGCCCUCGCAGGAAGAGGAAACCCGAGCUGCGCUCUUUCGGGGCGGCAGUGCCAAGGGUCUGCUAUUCAACGGGGUGCGGUGUAGAACUUUUGAGGAACAGGGGUUGUUAGUCUUAUUUUGGAGGAGGCUAAGAAGAAUUCUUCAUUUUGAAAUUUCCUAGACCGCUGAUAUCAACAAUGUCAUCCAGACCAUUUGAGAGUCCUCCUCCAUACAGACCAGAUGAAUUCAAACCAUCUCAUUAUGCACCAAGCAAUGAUUUAUACCAUGGAGAGAUGCAUGUUCGACCAAUGCUUUCUCAGCCAGCCUACUCUUAUUAUCCAGAGGAUGAACUACUUCAUUUCUACAAGUGGACUUCCCCUCCAGGGGUGAUUAGGAUUUUGUCAGUGAUCAUUAUUGUGAUGUGUAUUGGCAUCUUUGCCUGUGUGGCUUCCACGCUUGCCUGGGACAGGGGCUAUGGAAGCACCUAUCUGGGAACUGCUCUAGGCAGCUACUACCCUUAUGGAGGAAGCUAUACCUAUGGCUAUGGAGGAGUUUAUACUGACCCAAGGGCUGCAAAAGGCUUCUUACUGGCCAUGGCGGCAUUUUGUUUUAUUGCUUCAUUGGCGAUAUUUGUGACCAGUGUUAUCAGAUCGGGAAUAUCCAGAUCAAGAACAUAUUUCUUAGUGGUGAUCAUCGUAAGCGCUAUCCUAGGCAUCAUGGUAUUCAUUGCCACCAUUGUCUACAUCAUGGGAGUCAAUCCAACAGCACAAGCUUCUGGAUCGAUAUACUCAACUCAGAUAUAUGCUCUCUGCAACCAAUAUUAUACACCUCUGGCAACUGGACUCUAUGUGGAUCAAUAUCUUUAUCACUUCUGUGUUGUAGAUCCCCAAGAGGCCAUUGCUAUUGUGCUGGGGUUUUUGGUUAUUAUAGCUUUUGCUUUAAUAAUAUUCUUUGCUGUGAGAACCCGAAAUAAGAUGGACAGAUACGACAAAUCCAACAUUCUAUGGGACAAGAAAAGUGUCUAUGAAGAGCAGCCUCCUAAUGUAGAGGAGUGGGUGAAGAAUGUGUCCAUAAAUACACAAGAAGUCCCCCCAGCUCCAUCUGACUAUGUGGAUAAAGUUGACGGUUCCAUGGUAUAUUCCUCUUAUGGCAGAAUGAAUGAAAAACGAUCAUAUCCGGACUCUUCAUACAAAUCAACACCGAUACCAGAAGUGGUUAAGGUUCUUCCAGUGACUUCACCUGUGGAUAAUUUCAGGCAACCUCGGUACAGUAGCAAUGGUAACUUAGUAUCUACAGAGAAACCUCAUGGGAAAGGAAGGACGUCAAAAAGAGCUGACCAGGACCACUAUGAAACCGACUAUACCACUGGAGGGGAAUCCUGUGAAGAACUGGAUGAAGACUGGGACAGGGAGUACCCACCGAUAACUUCAGACCAGCAGAGACAGCUUUAUAAGAAAAACUUUGACACUGGCCUACAGGAAUACAAGAGCCUACAAGCAGAAAUUGAUGAAAUCAACAAAGAGCUGUCCCACCUGGAUAAAGAACUAGAUGAUUAUCAAGAAGAAAGUGAGGAAUACAUGGCUGCUGCUGAUGAAUAUAAUCGACUAAAGGAAGUGAAAGCAUCUGCAGAUUACAAGAAUAAGAAGAGAUAUUGUAAGCAGCUGAAAAGCAAAUUGUCUCAUAUCAAAAAGAUGGUUGCAGAUUAUGAUAGACAAAAAACAUAAAGUCAGUGACCAGAAGGUUUGAGAGACUAUGAAGUAUAUCCUUGCCUUCUCUGCAAAUGACUUAACCAAUGUUAUCUGAAGACAAAAUAUCUCUGGAGUGUAAUCAAUGAGAAGAUACCUUUGUGACCUUUAUAAAGUUUUGGUAGCUAAAACUAAUUUUCAAUAGCAUCAGUGUUGAUACUUUCUAUAAUGCUUUUUGGUAACUUACCACAUUUUGACCUUAACGGUUUUAGUCUUUUAAAUUUGGGUACUAGUCUUAAGGACCAAAUGUGUGUUGAAGAUUUAAGCCUUAAUGAGUGCUUCAUAUGUCACCAGUGCUAUGACUUACACUCCAGUGUCCUUUGUCUUCUCAACUGAAUGUGUAACCUCAUUAGAAAGCUCUCUCCUCAAUAGAGUUGCUACUGUUCUAGCUCACACUUGAGGUGAACUCGGUAUAGAAACUCUGAAUAUAUUAAAAAUGCCUUAAAUAUAUUCCUGUCUACUAUGUAUGCUGCAUUCUAAACCACAGCCCCAUUGAUUUCUUCUUAAUGGCUUCAAAAUUGUUUGUAGUGGGAGUGAACUAUUUUCCUCAGCUGAUGCAAUGUAACCAAAAUUAUGCAAAAAUACCAUGUUUAUGAAAUUUUAAAAGUGUAUAUAUUUUACUUUUUUAAUCAGGGCAUUUAGACUAAUGAUGACGUAGGUUAGAAUUUCUGUCAUAUAUUUUUGAAUGACUGACUUUCACCUGUUAUGGUUUACACUCUUUUUUUUAACCAAGUAAAUAUUCUGUAUAAUAAAACAUAAAUUACUUUUGUAAUACGGUUAUAACUUGAACUAUAUCUUACUGGAACUUCCCAGCCCUUUAUGUAGUUUUAUUGAUGAAUCAACCUGGUUAAUUAACAACACCACACCCUUUUUUGAUAUUAUGUGAGUGCUGAUGCCAUGUGGAAAAACCUUACAUAUUCAAUGGUAGUAAUUCUGGCAGUAGCAGUGUGAAGAGGUCUAUUCACACUAUGUUGGUUGUUGAUUAUGCUGAUUGUUAGGUUGCUGAGUUUUUGGAUAUAGACCACAGAUUUAUGUGAAAACUGGAGAUAACAUGGCAGUUCAUGUAAUAGAGAUUUCCAGUGGUAUCAUUAAGUCUAAGUGUGUUCCAUUUGUUAAGUUAUGAGUAGUCAAAUAAAUUUAGCUUAACUAGGGCUGACUGCUGUUCAUCUUAACCAUUGUUUAGAAAUGCUUUUAUAGAGAAAAAAAAGCCUAUAGUGUGCUUUUAUAAAAUUAUCCUACGACUGUUAAAUAUUCAGCUUUAGUCUUUAGUGCAUUCAAGACACUUACCAAAUAUGACAUACUAACGAUAAUGAUGAAGUAUCAUUUCCAAAGACAUGAGUCAUUGGUUAAAGGAUGAGUGUAUCCUGUUAUAUUGGUUAUUGAAUUAAUUUCUUCAAAUUGAAGAAAUUUAUAUUUUUGUGAGUGCUAUAUACAUGAAAAAGCAUAGUCCAUUAACCUCAAAGAACAGUAUAUUCAUACCUUUAACUUUCACUAAUUAAAAGGUAUUACUGUAUUGGA